GGCUCGGCUCGGUUCGUCGCCCCGCGCAAUGGUCCGGAGCUGCCCCGGCGCCGGGCUCGUCCUUGCGGCGGCCGCCGCGCUCUGCCUCGGCGGGGCGGGAGGAAAGUCCCUUCCUGUGGUGGCAGCACAGAACGGUCUCCUCAGGACACUGACCCAGAUGUGCCCUCCUCCACAUCUGCAGUGACCACCGAGACGGGGAGUGAUGAAGUGUUUAUUAUUUCUGCUGGACCUGGGGCCAGCGGGCUGAGCUUUACCACCUACAGAAUACAGGACAAAAACCUAAAAAGAAGUGUCACAAGCCCAGCUUCUGUGUCUGACUGGCUGACUUCUAAUCACAUGGCUGCAGGAGCAGACACUGUUGAGAAGGGGAAUGUCCAGCUGGAAAACCACUAUCCCAGACAGCGCACGUGGAGUGCCCGCACUUUCCAUGACUUCCUGGCUCCAAUACCACAGCUACAGAAAAAAUGGUGUAGCUGGACCACCAACAGUCCCUUCACAAAGCUGGUUGACAACAGCGGUUUCCCUACAGCUACAAGAUCCCAAGGUGUCCCAACUAGAAAGGUCAUCUCAGCCACUGAGAUAGAGGGAGCAUCAGAGCCAGUUUACUCUGACUCAUCUGCCAGUAAUGCCUCCUACCCCCUCACCCUCUCUGCACAAAGACAGCGGAAGCUAAGCUCCUGUAAUUUGAAGAAAUCCAGGUUUGGGAACCCUUACUUUGGAUUUUUGGCCAGUUCCCCUGACAGCAAACACAUGAAGUCCUUGGAUCCCUCAAGACAUCUAGGGGUCACAUCUCCAGUUAACAGCCAAAGCCCCAAAAAUCCUCUAGAGAACUCCAACCCACUGAAAAUCAACUUGGUCAAUGGUUCAAAAACAAAGGAGCUUAUGGUAGAAGCAGAUAAAAACAAACCAGUUUUUGUUAUUUCUGAGGAAGAUGAUCAGCAGCCUUUGGUCCUAGCAGAGCAUCUUAAUCAAUGUGGAGAUCAUCUGUCAGAGCAAAACACUGUGUAUGCUCCAGCUGUGGCAGAUAAACAGCCGGUGGUGGUGACUGUUGAGGGGAACAGUUCUACCAACUUCACAGCAAACCUGUCCCUUUGGGCAAAAUCCCCUGGUUUAUUCAAAGGUCAUGUGAAGGCCCCCAGCUCUUCCAGGGACCAGGAGAGCUCAUCAGUUGUAGAUGCUAAUGCUACUGAGACCUCACAGACCUGUGAUACCCUAACCACAUCUACAUUAUGCCAAGCUUCAGUCCAGUGAUGUCCUCAGAAAGCCUGAAACAUCAGUUCACAAAAAGAGAGGCAACAGUGAUGGGAGUGGGAGCUGUGCCAAGUAGCUGAGUGUGGGAUUCAUGGAGGGAUGCAACUUCAAGUGUGGUUUUUGCUUCCCACCUGUUGGGAUUUGGAUUAUGACUACACAUAGCACAGCACAAAUGCCAUCUUCCCUGAUGCUCACCAACCUCAUCUGUAUUUUCCUGCAUGUGAUUUUGGUGUGGUCUAUAGAAGAAGGAGUCCUCUGAAAAGGUACUUCAGAC